AUGGGACAAGGAACCUCUACUAUCGCAAGAAAAAGACAUCCUCGGGAAGUACUGGGAGUAUCAAAUACUGCAACAGAAGAUGAAAUUAAAAAAGCGUACAGAAGACUUGCCAUGCAGCACCACCCAGACGCAGCGCGAGCCCGCGGUGAAGAAGUCUCUGAUGACUUAUUUAUAGAAAUAAAAGAAGCGUAUGAAACACUAAUGCAAGGACCAUCUAUGGUAAGUAAACUGCCAACACGAAAACAAGAGCCAGAGAUAGAUAUAGAAGGGUUCAUAAGACAAGCCAAAUCAAUAGAGAAAAUAGAAGAAAGCAACUAUUCAAUGAUCAACAAUCUUUUUGCUGAGAUCGUUAAAAUAGAAAAUAUAACAAGAGGCGGUCUAUUUAGGGCACCAUCUUUUGGAUAUGCAAAGGGUCUUCCCAAGCCAUUCUAUGAGUUCUAUUCAAACUUUUCCUCUUUACGCCAUUUUAAUAUCACUUGCGAAGACAUUGACUUAAGCUACCCACACUAUUCUCGCCCAUUAAAAAGAGAAGUGGAAAAGGACUUAAAGAAGGUGUUAGAUGCACGGAGAGCAGACUAUUCUUCUAAAAUAAAGGAGUUAGUAAAGGUUCUUCAAAGAAAAGACCAAAGACUGAAAAUAGUUCCAAAGAAGAUAGAUCUAAAUAUAGUUAAGCCCAAAAUAAGUAAAAAUGGGGUUAUUAUAACAGACUACCACAAUCUUACAGAAGAAGAGAAAAAGGCUCUGGAGGAAGAGUAUAUGAAGCAUGAAACUCAGAAAAGGAGAGAGAAGGAAGAGAAAAUGAAAAUAAAGAUGGAAAAGGACGAAGACAUAUUUAUAUGCCAGCCAUGUAAUAAAACAUUUAAAAGCUUAAACCAGUUAGGAAACCACUCUAAGUCCAAAAAGCACAGGGAAAAGCUAGAAUCAAUGCAGCCAGAAGAGAUAGAACAGCUUAUAUCUCAAAUAGAGCAGUGCAAAAUAGAAGAAAUCCCCGAGCAAGAAGACACUCAGACAAAUAAGUCCCGAAAAGAAGAAUCUCAAGAAAAAGAAGCAGACGACCUUUUCAACUAUUCUGCAGAAAGAAACAAUGAGCCAGAAUGCACUGUCGACGUGGAAGAUCUGUCAAAUAUACCUAAAAAGCAGAACUCAGCAGCAAAGCAGGAAAAGCAGAAAACAAAAUCUGUAGCUAAGAAAGAUCACAAAAACUAUAAGAAGCCUUUAUCUAAGCAAGAGACUGACUCUGAUAUAAGAACAGGAACUGCCUUUACAAUGUCCUGUGCAAAGUGCAAGGAGGCAUUUUCAAACAGAAAUGAGCUAUUUAAGCACCUUAAAGAGACAGGGCAUAACACAAGUAUUAUAUGAUUCAUAGCGCUCAAUACAAUAGAAUGCUUUGCACAUAAUAUUUCUUAAUAAACACGCGGUUUGUACUAAAUUAGCAGAUCAUAUAAUGGAACUAGACUAAUAAAUAUGC